AUGGCUUCCAGCAUCGUCGAAACCAUGUCAUCCACCGGCCCCUCCAAAUCCCCAGCAGCUCGUCCAAACACGAUACGGGCGCCUUCCUUCACUCGCCAGAGCGAAGAUAGCGAUCCCCUCAGGGUAUCGAAACGAGCUCAAACAUUCCACAACGGCACUGCGGCCGACCCGCUGACGACAACGCCGACUGUCGCCAGCAAGGCCCAGCAGAAGCCAGCAGACGAGCCUGAGGGCCCUGAUGCCUUUGAAACUGCUGGUAGACCUUCAACGGACAAUGACGAUGGAUUCGAUGGCAGAGGAUCUGUGGACCUUGGCGAGCUCCCAAUUGAGCUAGUCAGUCUGACUGACAGCUUCGUCGAGUCUCUCACCUCUAGAACCCAUCCCACGCCUUUGACCAUUGACAAAGUCUCCGAAUUGUUCCAAGAUUUCUACCAAGUCGCAUCGACCCACGUCAACACCCACAUCUCUAGUCUGAUUACACGGCACAAUCGAGAUGCUUCGCCUGCGCCGUCCGCGUCCUCCAAGGUCUCCUUCACAGCUAGCAGGCUUCGAGCUAAGGCGGCUUCUCUCGGAAGCAAGGAUAAACCUAAAAAUCUCCCCAAAGCAGAGCCGGAGCAGCAGAUGAUUACCGCUGAAGAACUCGCCAACAAGAAGAAGGCGCGGAAAGCCAUCGAAGCCAAGCGUGGCAUCAUUGAGGAGGCAGUGGAGCGCAGAUUGUGCGAAGGCAUUUAUAAUAAGAUCUACCGCCACAAGAGCACCCAGGACGAAGCGCAGGACUCAAAGCUGAGGUCAAAGACUGCGGCACUCGCGCUGGUCGGCAUUGGGCCGGCUGACCUUGGGAUUGAUCUUGGCGACGAUGCAUCCCAGACGCCCGAAGCGGCUGCGGAAAAGGCUGAAGAGAUCAAGAAGUCGCUUGCGCAGGCCAGAAGAGAUCUGAUUCUCAUGAACGAGAAGCGAUACCCGCUUGGCAAGGUACACCACUUGAAAGCGGCACACAAGGACAUUGUCGAGACCUUGGCGCAAUUUCACCCGUCUGCAUCUGCGGAUGAGAUUAUGCCUAUGCUCAUCUUCACGCUUAUCACGCUUCCUCCCGAGCACCUUAACGUCAUCAGCGACCUGCACUUUAUUCAGCACUUUAGAUGGGAGCCGAAGUUGACGGGGGAAGCUGCGUACUGCUUGACGAACCUUGAAGCAGCCAUCAGCUUCCUGGAGACGGUCGAUCUGUCUACGCUGAGGGCUGAUGAGCUGCCCCAGGGUCCUGCCAGGGGCGCAAGCCAGCCGGGCACUCCGCGGGCUGACACGUUUCCUCCGGCGUUCCCGCCCGGAUUGACGGUAACGGCGGAUCCUUCGGUGGAGACCGAUUCUGGCAAUGCCACACCAACGAGACCGCCUGCGUCGCCUUCAGCAUCCGCCGGGCUGCGUGCUGCGGUGCAAGCUCGUAAUAGAAGACUGAGCGAGCUAGUCAACACGCCUGCCCAGGCCAUUGGUGCUGCAAGUGAUGCUGUGCUCAACACGGCCGAUCAACAUAUAAAGACAAUCUCAACGAGUCUGGGCGAUAGCUACAAGUUCUUGGUUGGCAAGUUACGCGAGACACAGGGCACUCCGACCGAAUCAGGCCAGGGGCUCGUCGUGCCGAAGACGCUUGAUGAUGCUCGAAAGUUGAUGAGUACCCCGCCCCCAGAGGAAGAAGGGUCGACCAGUGGUGCCAGCUCGGUUCAUGGCACGGAGGAGGCCGAGUCUACUCGUCGACCCCCGGUCCGCGAGGAUAAGGUUCUGAAUCUCAUUGGCGGACGCAAGGUCAGUCGAGAUCACAGCGCAGACAGCUCGCGAAGCGUCAACAGCUCGAAGAAGGUGCUCUUUGCCAAAGAAGGGGAAAAGGAUCUGCCGACACCAUCUCCUGGGAACGCCUCCAACCCUCUUGACUCAAUGAGGAACUUUGGCAAUUCCUUUUCGAGGUUCUCCGGUAUGAGCAUGAUCAGGGGCCUCAGCCGGACUGCAUCGACGCCUAUUGUGGCGAAGGAAACACCCAAGGAUGCGGCCAAGGAUGGCCUGGCUACAAAAGUAGCUGAUGGCGGCGAUCUGGCAAGCGCGUUUCCGGACAUUGCAGCUGCCUUGCCGCCCAAACAAGCACCAAAGAUCAGCCCGCCGAACAAGCGGUUCAUGGAGAUGCAGAACCCUGGCGAUCUCAAAAUUGGCGAGGUUCUCGACUUGUUGCGCGACUACCGAAGGCUGGCGACCGCGCUCAAGGACAUGGGGGCCUUUGAGGGGUCCAAGUGA